AUGCUGGCUCCGAAGAAAGGCCUGCUCUGCAACCUCAACCACAUCCAUCUGCAGCACGUCUCCCUGGGGCUGCACCUCUCCCGGCACCCGGAGCUCCAGGAGACCUCUGCCUCCAUGGGCGGAGGAGACCAGACCGGCUGCAGCGACUGCCCGGAGAACUGUGAGCAAGUGGAUGCCAAUUCCAACAAUCCCUCCUUGAAAUGCCGGUGCUGCGAGUCCCACACUCCGCAGCCGGUGACGUUGGGUCUCCAGAACCAGGCGGCUCAAGAGGAUUUCCCCUGCCUGCAUGCCGGGGAGGAGGUGGCUUCCCCUUGUGAUCCCCCUUGUGAUCUGGCUUCCUCCUCCUCCUCCUCUGUCAGUAGCUGCUCCGAUUUCAGCUUGGAUGACUCCCCGGUCUCCGUCUACUACAAGGGGUUCUCCAGAGAAGAGUCCCAGUCCCCUGAGAAUCAGCCCAACGUCAUUCCCACAGAAGAUGCCGGGGACGGCCAGGCGUUGGCUGACCGGAGCGGGAUGCGUGAUGGCAGAGACGCCAACCUCAACCCGCCGGUGCCCCAGAGAUCGGACGCCCUGGCCGGAGAGAGCCCGGACAGCCUCUGCAGCAGCACCUCGCUGGACUCCCAGUGCGAGGAGCCCUCUCCCAGUGCGGCGGUGCAGGAGACCGCCAGCACCUGCGCCAACCUAGACCCUAACUGCAACUCCCUCCCCAACCCCGACGCCGCGCCUCCGGCGCAGGCGGUGCCGGGAUGGUGGGAUCCCGGUCUGAGCGGUGCUCCUGAGCCACGGCCCCGGGCUGGCGGCGUCCCCCCGCCCGUGCCCCCCCGGCCCCGGAGACGACUGCAGGUUCUCAACGCGCACAGAGCAGAGCAGCCGCUCCUGCCCGCGCAGCCGGCGGAGCCGGAGCCCGGCUCGGGUGCCCUCUGCAGAGACGCGGGCAAGAAGACCAUCACCUCCUUCCACGAGCUUGCCCAGAAGAGGAAGAGGAACGCCGCUGGGCCUGCUCUCGCCCAGGCCAGGCCUGACCGGAGCGACUGGCUGAUCGUAUUCUCACCUGACACAGAGCUGCCGCCCCCCAGUGAGCUCCUCUCCAGCGCCGUGGGCCCGGAGCCAGCCCGGCCCCAGCUCCAGCACGACCGGCCGGCGAAACCGCCCAGCUCCAGGCAGAGAGAGGUGACCACGUUCAAGGAGCUGCGGUACCGCAGUGCCUCCAACAAGCCCAAGGGCCAGCCAGCCGGUGAGCGGGCAGAGCUGGUGGCAUCUCAGCACCCAUCUGCACCCCUUGAGAUGGCCGUAGGCGGCGACGGCUCAGGCUGGAUGCCACCCGCGCCUCUGGGUGGACACUUGCUGGCGCCUAUGGAAAGCCACCAGCCGAAGAGGAGGAGAUCGCGGCCGGGGCUGCAGCCCAUCGCGGGGGGGCCGGCCGGGGGGGCCGGGGGGUUUGGCCGCCACCAGCCGAAGAGGAGGAGAUCGCGGCCGGGGCUGCAGCCCAUCGCGGAGGGGCAGCCGGGGGACGCAGAGGAAGGGGGGCUGCCGGCGCGAAGCUGCCUCCCGGGAGAGAAGGGGCCGGGCUCCGGUUGCGAUAAAGACGCCCUGGUUCGGAGGCUCGGGGGAGCUGGUGGGGGCCCCUGGGCGCCAGGGACGGUGGAGAGAGGAGACGAGAGCUGCAAGGAGGCCCUGCUGAUCGCCGUCAGCACCGCCGUGGAUAAGAUUAUCGCCCACUUCAGCACCGCGCGGAACCUGGUGCAGAAGGCCCAGCUGGGAGACAGCCGGCUCAACCCAGAUGUGGGUUACCUGCUGCUGCACACCCUCUGCCCUGCGCUCUAUGCCUUGGUGGAGGACGGGCUGAAGCCGUUCCAGAAGGAUGUUAUCACAGGCCAGAGGAAAAAUUCACCCUGGAGCGUGGUGGAAGCCUCCGUGAAGACAGGCCCCAACACCCGCUCUCUCCACUCCCUGUGCUGGCACGUGGCCGGGCUGGCCCCUCUCAACAGCACCAGACAGAAGUUUCAUGCCUUUAUCCUCGGCCUUCUGAACAUUAAGCAGCUGGAGCUGUGGAUCUCUCACCUACAGAAGAGCCCAGGUGUAAUCUCCUUGCUGUAUUCACCCACGGCCUUCUUUGCCCUGAGUCAAGGCCCUCUUCCCCACCUCGCUGAGGAACUGCUGCUGCUCAUCCAGCCCCUCUCCGUGCUGACUUUCCACCUCGACCUGCUCUUUGAACACCACCACCUCUCCGUGGAUGUGAGACCCCUGUCCCGUCGGCUGGAGUCACCCCUGGCUCCUGCCCAUCGCGCCGCUCGGGCUCGGGGGGCUGCGCAGCCUUCUCUGGAGGGCCGCGGCGCUGCUGCGGGGGCAAGCCUGGACGAGGAGCUUCCCCCCGAUACCCUGGGGAGGGCAGCCGGUGCGGAGGGCAGCGUGAUGUCCCAGUCCCAGGCAGCCGGGCGCGGGCUGGUCCCUGGCCCCCAGGUGGGGGCUGCCCUGCAGCAGACCUUCCAGCACGUGCUGCGGUGGGGCGACCAGCUCAGCCGCACUCUCCUGGGAGCUGACAGCCCCCCAGAGACCCACGGGCCCGAGGCAGGCCCUCGGGAUGACGGGGCUGGCCUCAGUGGCUGGUGGGGCCAGCUGAGCCAGGCCUCCAGGAUUUACGCUGCUCCUAGCAAGGAAAAGGUCCCCUUCAUCUGGUGGACAAAGCUGCGGACGGCUGCGGGGGAUUCCAGCCCCGGCCAGGCUGCACGACCCCAUGCAUCCGUGAAUGAGCCAAGAGGCACGGAGCUGCAGCUCCUUCAGACCAAAGCUGUCCCCGAACUUUCCGGUCCAGAGCCCAGCAGCAGUGCUGACACCUCUGGGACCUCUUCUCCUGAAGACCUCAUCUUGCCUGCUGGAGCUGGAGCAGCUGCCACGCCAGGUGAUCCUGCUGCUGGAGAGAAACUCCUGGCUGCUUCCCCAGAGCCUGAUGCGAAUAGGGACCGGGCAGCCCCUUCCCAGCCAGAGGCUGGUGGUCCUGGUCCUGACAAGGGCAGCUGGCUGGGCCGCCUCUUCGGAGCCACCAGCCCCUCUGCCAGGAGCUUCCCUCCCAGUCCUGACGCCGUCUCAGCGAGGUCCAGGAGACCCUCUAGCUGGCUCUCCCCCAGCGCCCGAGUCCUGGCCGUGGUGGUGAAGGGGCUGGCGUCCGAGAAGACCCGUGAUGAAGAACAGCCAGAGAGGAACGUGUCGGACGUGCCCCAGCCCCACAGGGCGGUUCGGGCGCUGUGCGACCACACGGGCACCGCCGAGGGGCACCUGAGCUUCCAGAAAGGGGACAUCCUCCAGCUGCUCUCCACCGUGGAUGAAGACUGGAUCCGCUGCUGCCAUGGAAACAGCACUGGCCUAGUUCCUGUCGGCUACACAUCCCUAAUUUUGUGA